GGAUGGGACUUCAACAUAACAAAGAACUUUUUAAAGCCAAACCUUGCUGCUAAAUCCCCAUGUAAGAGAAACAUGUGCUAGCAGUUGAAACCGCAGACAGAAUGACUCUGAGAGGCAGCUCUGCGCAGAUGGACACGUUACUAAUCGAAGCAGUCAGUGAAGCAGAUUCCAGGUGUGCGGAGUCUCUGCUGUCUCAGGGUGCGAACCCAAAUGUUAUCGUCCGGGAUGGUGUGGCAGCGGUUCAUUUAGCUGCAGGUAAAGAAUCUGAGAGAGGAUUGCGGUGCCUUAAACUCAUUCUACAGCACGGAGCUGACCCGAACCUCAGGACUAGUGAAGACCUUACUCCAUUACAUAUCGCUGCAUCUUGGGGUUGUUAUCAGAAUCUGCGAUUACUUUUACGCAACGGUGGAAACCCAAAUCUCAAAGAUCAAGAUGGAAAUAAACCGUCUGAUUUGGCCAAACAGGAAGAGAACAGUAAAUGUGCCAGUCUUCUUCAAGAGUAUGAAUCCCACACAUCACAGGAGGAACACGAUGUGCCCAAAUUCCAAUAUUCAAUCCUGUCUGGCCAGUCCUUGAGUGACAGCACGUUUAGUCUAGAUUCUUCCAGUCCUGGUUCAGAAAGCAUCUUAAUUCAUGAUCACCCUGGAAUGGGACCACUGAGCAGCACACGGCUGUCCUCUUUUUCCAAUAUGUGUAGAGUCAGUGGAAGACCUUUGACCAGAGAAAGUCAGGCCUUCUGGUUGUCAGACGUGUCAGAUCUUGAGUCACAUGAUUCUCAUGUUUGGAGUAAAGAUGAGAUCUGUAAGGAAUUACCCAUAAUGUCUAGUACAUCUCUCUCUGUCUUGGACAAUAAAAACAAUCCAGGACUUCAACAUCAAGCUGUAGAUUGUGAACCUGAUGUAUUGCAAUUUAAGAAUAGCUGGCUGCCACAUAUACAGCACCCUGUUCUAUCUCAACGUGACAAUAGAAAAAGUGUCACCUUCAAAGAAAGUAAUGAAUAUUUCCCAAGCACCAGCCCAGAUCAUCAUCUGCAUCUCUUUCUUGAUCAGUCUAGUGAUAUUACAUUAGAUUUUUCUCAAUAUCCUGAUUUCAUAGACACUAAACGCAUAGCUACUGUGUUACAAAAUCAGGGAAUCGAUGUCACUGAUGAUGACGAUGUGUUUGUUUUUUCCAAAGAAGUUGAUACACUGGAGAAUGAGUUUGAAAAGACUGUUGUUGGGUCGGAAGCAUUUGAUAACACCAAUAGUGAUGAUGACGACAAUGAUGAUGCAUUUAAGAGCACUAUUCAACCCCCAGUCAGUAGUGGAUCUAGUGAGUAUAGUAGCUGUAGCAGUGACCCCUGCAGAAGUCCAACUGAAGGUUCAUUGGGAAUUGGAAGGUUGUCUAAUAAUGAAAACAAUGGACAUCCAACUUUGACCGAACCCUCUGCUUAUAAAGCAGAUUUGACCAUUAGAUUUUGUGCCUCCAGUGCUAGAAAUGAAGGCCUUACCUCCCUUAGAGAUGGAAAAAAACUGGUUUUAGAAGGAAAUAGUGGUCAUAGUACAGAAUCAUGUUUAUCCACAAUAGCCAGAGAUAUUGGUAAUGUAGAAAUUGAUUUUAUUCCAAGUCCAUUCGUGACUGGGAGAACACGCUCAAGACUUAGUCGUUGCUCAGAGAGAAUAAGCCAAAAUUCUGCUUCCUUUCAGUCCUGUUCUUCUCUUUUUGAACAGACUCUACCCACCGCUACACGUUCACGCCGCAAUACGAGUAAGUCACCGUACAGUUUAUCAAAGUACAGUCUUGAUGAAGACAGUAUCAGUGGAGGAAGUAAAGUGGAAAAUCUUGACUCUCAGAUGAGCACUCUCAAGUUAUCUACAAGCUCAGAUGGUCAAAGCCAAGCUGACACUCUACUGUUAUUAGAGAGCAUGGCUGACACAGUAUUAAUUUCUGGAAGUAAUGUUGAAUUACAGCUGGAAACAUUUGAAACUUGUAAUAAGGUUGCCACUCCUUUUUGUCUCAAAGAGGAUACGCUUGAUGAACUUUUGACUUUUCAUAUGCAAGAAGUAAAGGAAAGCUCAACAGAAAUGCCAAGGAUAAACUCAGUUGUUGCAGGAGACAAAGAGUCCUGGGUUAAACAUGGAUUUGAUUCUCAACAGGAGUCAUAUCAGGUAAGCUUAGAAUGUGCUUCAAGUUUGAGCUACGAAUCUCCCAGAGCACAGAAUCCCCAUGGGAAUCCAGGGCGCACUGGAUGCACGCCUAGAUAUAGCAUGAAUCGACUGUCGGGCCACUCACGGCAACACACGCUAGCAAACCUUUCUUGCAUACCAGGUGGACAACCUUUCGUUGAUAUGGAUGCACCUGUGGAAUACCUGUAUACUGACACUGAAGAGGGCCAUAAACUCAUUGAGACCCUUGUUCCACCAACAGCCAGCACCUCUCUCAGCUCUAGCAUGAGCACCAAUACCUCUGAAGAGACGGUUCUUUAUGAUUGGCGCUCUGUUCAGCUCGGGACUGCAAGUCCAGAUCAUAGCAAAGAAUGCUGUCAGCCUGAAAAGGAGGAGGAUGUUGGAAUCAGUGGAUUAACUGACAGGGAACUCAGAAAUAAAUUAAUUGAACUGGGAGAGGAUCCAGGACCCAUAAACAGCCAAACCCGGCCAUUGUACGUACAGAAAUUGAAGAGAUCCCUUCAGAAUACACCUCACACCCAGAAAUCUGUUCAUCUGAGCCCCAAUAAUUUCACUGCUAAAGGUUACAGCCCAGAGCUUGAAAAGGCUCUUCACAGAUUUCUACUUCCAGACUGUCAAGCAGAUGAGUUUGCUUUGUGUGAGCAGUUUGAUCAGCCUGAUCAGAAUAAAAGAUGGCGUGAGGGUUUCAUCAAGUCCAACUUUAACUACCUGUUGCUUGAUCCACGUGUGACCAAGAAUCUACCAUAUCGAAGUCAAUCCAUGACCCCUAAAGAGUGUUUUCAAACCUUCAUCAAUGCUGUGUUCUAUGUUGGAAAGGGCAAGCGCUCUAGACCAUACAGUCACCUCUAUGAAGCACUGGAAUAUUUCAAAGGAGAUAAGACCUCAAAGAAGCUUUGCUCAAAAGUGCAGCACAUUCUGCAGGUCUGGAAUGCUGGGCAUGGAGUCAUAUCCUUACACUGUUUCCAGAAUGUCAUCGCUGUGGAAGCGUACACACGUGAGGCCUGUAUGGUGGAUGCUAUUGGGCUGAAGAUGCUCACAAACCAGAAGCGAGGAGACUACUAUGGUGUGGUGUCAACUUGGCCUGUCCAUAGGAAACGGGAGUUAGGAGUUCACUUGCUUUACCGGGUGAUGCAGAUCUUCUUGGCUGAAGGAGAAAGACAACUCCGACCCGCUGACAUCAGAUGAACCCCAAGAUUUUCAACCCUAGGCAUUACACAAACUUCAAUACUAAAGUCAAGCAAAUAUUUACAUUGACCAUGUUAAUAUAAAUACAACUCAAAGCAUUACCAUUGAGUGAGGACCAGAACAUUUCUGCUAAAAUGAUCUUAGUCAUGCUAUAGAAAACAAAAAUUGUUUACUUAGUUUUUUUUGGUAAUUUUCCUGUGUAAUGUUUGGUUGAUCAGAACUCUUAAAGAUGUGGUAACUGAAUGAGCUCUUGUUAAAUGCAAUGCUGCUGAUCAACUGCUGCCUGUUCAUUCCUUGAAAGAUCAUUAUUUGCAUAAAUAAAGUGAAAGACAAAG